AGAGGCCACGUUUUUCUCAGUCUCGGCCAACUAGUACUAAAAGCCCUAUUACUUGACCAAUUCUUCAUUUUCUGUCUCUAGCUCUAUCCACCUGCUUCAGCUAUCUCCAGCUUCUACGGAGGAAUGGAUGCCAUUCCUUCUUUUAAGUUAAUAUUGGGGUCGGCCUCAUUCUCACGAAGGAAAAUAUUAGAAGAGAUGGGAUAUGAAUUCACAAUCUCUACUGCAGAUAUUGAUGAAAAGAGCAUUCGCGAAGAAAAACCAGAAGAUUUAGUAAUGACUCUUGCUGAGGCCAAGGCUGAUGCUAUUAUAGCAAAUUUACGAACUACUACUAUGAAUAAUCAUCAAGACAAGGAUGAGGAACCCACUAUUUUGGUUGCCGCCGACACUGCUGACACUAUUUUGCAAAAGCUCCCAAUCAGUGACUACACUAAGGAUGCUGAACCAACAUUGUUAAUUACUGCGGAUCAAGUGGUAGUCUAUGAAGGUGUGAUCAGGGAAAAGCCAGCCAGCAAGGAAGAAGCAUGGGAAUUUAUAAAAGGGUAUUCUGGGGGACACGCCGCAACUGUGGGAUCAGUUCUUGUCACAAAUCUUAAAACUGGAUUCAGGAAAGGAGAAUGGGACAGAGUGGAGAUCUAUUUCCACGAAAUACCAGAUGAAGUCAUUGAGAAGCUGAUUGAUGAGGGAAUUGUGCUCAGAGUUGCCGGGGGGCUAAUAAUUGAGCAUCCUUUGUUAUUGCCCUACAUUAAAGAAGUGGUGGGGACAACUGAUAGCGUGAUGGGACUCCCCAAAGCUCUCACUAAGAAACUCAUAGAGGAGGCUCUCUAGCUGCAGCAGCUAGCAUUCUUGUUGGCAUUGUCAGUAUUGGUCCCAAUUUGACACCGUUCCUCUAUCACCAUUUUGGCCUCCACCUGAUGUUGCUUCUUUCGACCUGAUAACAAUUAAUUGUUGCAACUGACCAUUUAUGUGCUACUUUUUACUAUUACAAAUGAGUUGAUAUUUUAUUACUCUCCAUUGUACUGUUA